AUGAAAUUUCGGGAUUCAGUUCGUUCCUUCACAGCUCAGGAGAUAGAGCCGUUGGUGCCUAAGAUGGAGGAGGAGGGGUCCAUCAACUUAGACGUGACCACUGGUCUCUUUCAGCAGGAAUAUUGCUUUACAAAUGAUAAAGAGGUUUGGGGGGGAGGAGCAGCAGCGGCGGUAUCUCUCUCGGCUGAGUUCAGAUACCAUCGGUUGCUUCUGCUUCAACGGCUGCAGCAGCAGCAACAGCAGCAGCAGCAGCAGCAGCAGCAGCAGCAGCAGCAGCAGCAGCAGCAGAUUCGGGUGUAUAGCCACCAGAAAUGA